GACUCUCAGACACCACAGCAGCAGCACCAUGAAGUCUGGAAGUCUCUUCGUCUUGGUGGCCCUCCUGGUCCUUGAGUCGCAGCUGACUGGAGCUUUGAGCCCCGUCAAAGGAGGGUCCGUGAGACCUGGGACCUGCCCGAUGCCAAAGAAAGGAAAUGCUGGGAUUUGUACGGAAGCCUGCAAAGGAGAUGACUCCUGUCCUCGGGGACAGAAGUGCUGCAGCAACGGAUGUGGCCAUGUCUGCAUGACACCGGAGACAGGCAGUUCCGGAAACAUCUGCGAGAAACCCAUGGAUAAAGGUCUGUGUAUGGCUUACAUGCCCAAGUUCUAUUACAACUCCAAGACGAAGAAAUGUGAAUCGUUCAUCUACGGAGGCUGCCAGGGGAACGAGAACCGGUUUGACACCGUAGAAGAGUGCAUGGCUCGCUGUGGAGGUAAACAGAAAGUUUAGGAUCCUUUGAAAAACACUCUCCCGGGGAUGGGCCGCUUGACCGUUCCUGGAAUUCCGAUCCCGGAAGCGGAGGAGCUGCGGUUUGGUGGUCCGGCUCUAGGACACCAUGGGGGCUUCAGAGGGUGAAGGUGUUUUAUGGGAAGCUUUUCUUUGCACAAUAAAUGGUUAGCUCUGUGUUCAA